UACACAAUUAGCGGCGCGCCGUCGAAUAUGAUAAUACGCUGCGUUCAAAUUCUAUGGAAACCUAAGGUCAAGAGAGGGAGAUCUAACAUAGACUCGGCUGAACGAGGUAAAGAAAUUCCCUGGACGAACUAACGGUAAUUCGCCAAAUAAGCUGUGUUUGUGAGCUGAGUUUGAACUUUGAGAGGCAGCAGUUGCAGGUACAGGUGUAUGUGACUGAGCUGCAGACCGCCAGGCCAGGGGAGGGUACAGGUGGAGCAUUGCCUCUCCGCCUCUGCGAGAGACUAGUACAGUGAACACACGACUUCGCGCUUCGAAGGCUUGGAGUUGGAGAACGAGUAGAUCUAGUAACUCUGUCUCGAUCUUGGGGAGAUUUCCAGCACUGCACUGCAUAAGAUUUCUUCAGAAGCUAGAGUAAACCUUAAGAGACAUCAAAAGACUGAAAAUGGCAGAACCAACAGAUUCUUGCUUCAGCAACAUACUCAUGCUGACGGAUUCUUACAAGGUCACCCAUCACAGACAGUAUCCUGAUGGCACCACUCUUGUCUCCUCCUACUUUGAAAGUCGUGGUGGCAAGUUCCCGGAAGUGGUUUUCUUUGGUCUCCAGUACAUCCUGAAGCGAUGGCUGUGUGGCCCAGUCAUCACGGCUGAGAAGAUCGCUGAAGCUAAAGAAUUGUAUAAACUUCACUUUGGGCAAGACCACUUUAAUGAAGCAGGAUGGACACACAUUCUAGAGAAACAUGGUGGAUACCUGCCGAUGAAGAUAAAGGCUGUGCCAGAAGGAUCUGUGAUUCCAUACAAGAAUGUCCUCUUCACUGUAGAAAACACAGACCCUCAAGUCCCAUGGAUUACAAAUUGGUUUGAGACUUUGAUGGUGCAGGUGUGGUACCCUAUGACGGUGGCAACGAAUUCCAGAGUACAAAAGGUGCUAAUAGCCAAGUACCUGAGUGAGACAGCUGAUAAUCUGACAGGCCUUCCCUUCAAGCUCCAUGACUUUGGAUUCAGAGGCGUGUCAUCAGUUGAGACUGCUGGAAUCGGUGCGGCUGCCCAUCUGGUCAAUUUUCAAGGAACAGACACCAUAGCAGGCAUUGUUAUGGCUAAGAAGUAUUACUCCUGUAAGAUGGCUGGAUUCUCAAUUCCUGCUGCUGAACAUAGCACAAUUACAACAUGGGGGAAGCAUGGAGAGCGGGAAGCCUUCAAGAACAUGCUGGACCAGUUCCCUACUGGCCUGGUGGCAGUGGUCUCUGACAGCUUUGAUAUCUACAAUGCUUGUGAGAAGGUGUGGGGUGAGGAGCUGAGGGAGCAGGUCAUCCAGAGAGGGGAGUCAGGUUCAAUACUCGUCAUCAGACCUGACUCAGGAGAGCCCAGCGAGGUUGUUAUGAAGGUAUUAACCAUCUUGAGCAAGGUGUUUGGAUGCAGUAAGAACUCCAAGGGUUACAAGAUGCUUCCGCCUUACCUCAGAGUGAUCCAGGGAGACGGUGUGAACUACGAUGUCAUCGAGCAGAUCCUGAGCAGGAUGAAGAAACUGGAGUGGAGCGCUGACAACCUCACCUUCGGCAGCGGGGGUUCUCUUCUUCAGAAGCACAAUAGGGAUACGCAGAAGUGUGCCUACAAGUGCAGCUACUGUGUCGUUGAUGGUGAAUCGAGGAAUGUAUUCAAGCAGCCUUCCACAGACCUGGGCAAGAAAUCCAAGAAAGGCCAGCUAUCCCUGCAGGAGGUUGAUGGAAAGAUUGUUACAAUAGAAGAGGGGAAAGGGGACCCAAAUAAAAAUCUUCUAGAGUUGGUGUAUGAGAAUGGGCAGCUUCUGAAGGACCAGACUUUGGAUGAGAUUCGGCAGAGGGCUGAGAUAGAUCUCGUCAAACAAGGCUCUAAGAACAGGACCAAGUAAGACGGUUCCCAAUCAAGCCUUAGAGUGCUAGACCACAAAAAUGACAGUUUUUAGAAAUUUCCUUGUAUCUGCUAUUCUCUCAUAGUCUGUCAUUGAGUGAUUUAAGGGUGCUGAGAUUCUGUACUCAUCUGUUCAUCUAUGUGUUCAAAAUGUAGUCUAAAAUAGCAUUCGUGAAUAUAACCCUUUUUACAGAUUAAUUUAUAUACUAUCAUGAUCGAAUCUUUAAUCUUGAUUGGAAAGCUUUAUUCAUGUAGUUGAAAUAUCAGAAUCUGCCGAUCAUGUUUGAUAGGCUCUGAUCUCAUUGCUGAAUUUUGACUGAAAUAUACUACUUCAAGGCUUUGUCAUUUUGAGAUUCUUUUCUUGUAUCUAAUGAAACAUUUACAAAUGGUGUGGAUAUGUAUUUGUAAAGUUAUUUAUAAGGCGAUAAGUCUGUAUUACAAUGCUCUCCUUAAUGAUUAAUCUGAUUUUAAGCUUGUAUAGAAGUGAUUUGUAAUGUAUCUAGAUUUUAAGUCCUUAUAAAGAUGUGUACCAAUUAUCCAGAAUUAUAAUGCAAAUCAGGAUUUCAAUAUGCCUAUUGAAUUAAAGUCCAGUUUGAAGUGGGCAUACAAAAUGUAAACACAGUAUUCUUCCCAACUCGCUUGACUUUUCGAAGUAAUUACCAACUUUUCAAAAUUUUCGUAGAAUUGAAAUGAAUUUUACUUUAUGUUUUCUCAUGCACUGCUCACAUGAUUUGAGAAACCAAUCUACAAAUCGUUUUAAUCUUGUUUCCAUCAUGUAAAUCUGCUAUUUAGAAUAUCAUGACACACGUUCAGUUAAUCUGUUUGCUGAACUUUGAAGUUUGAAUGAACUUCAUCACCUUUUCUGUAAUAUCUUACCAGAGUUUGUUAAAUGUCUACGCAGCUGUUUAUGCCACUUUUGGUAAUUACAUCAACUCAGAUUUUUAAGAGGUAUUGCUAACUAUAGAAUAAUACAUUAAAUAUUAAUUUACAAUGCCUUAGUAUUCAGGAUUGCUUGAUUUGCUGCAUCAUAUCUGAGCGAGUCUUUCCUCAUGAAAAGGAACAACAGUAGGGGAAUAUAAAUAUUUAUAAAGUGGCAUGAUUUAUGUAUGAAUUUAUGAUUGAUAAUGUUCAGAAUUAUAGGUUUUAUCCAAAUUAAUUAAUAUUUUUUCUUUUCUUUUUUAAUAAAAUGUACCCAGAUAAUCAUGAAUGAUAAAUGUUGCUAAUAUCUUUUGUAUAUUUUGUGUUUUAAAGAAAAAAAAUCUUCAAUGAUUAAAUAUAUAUACUGGUACUCAGUUUGUAAGUGAUCUAUGUGUACCUUACCACAUUUUAGUAAUUAUUUGUUAUAGCAUAUAUAUUAAUUCUGUGGAAACUUCGUAUAUGAUUUAUAUUGUUUUGAUAGCCGUCCUUGACAAAAGUAACUAAGUCCAGGUUCAUUUAUUAUUUUUCUGAGGAAUUUGUGUGUAUAUAUUGCUUUGUAUAUUUUUGUUUUAGCCUACUUUGAAGAUCAGAAGGAAGUUGGGAAGAACAAGUGUAUUGUUUCUUAUGUUAAAACGUCUUGCAGCUGUCUUGGUUGGCCAUGUUUUUGGUCUCUAUACAAACCAGGAUUCAUGCAAAUCAGAGAAACUCUUACUUGAUGGAACAAGUUGAUUACAUUUGGUUUCUGAUCAGAGAAAGGGAAGAGUGUGAAGUGCCAUAGACCUGAGGAAUAUUUUUUAAUGUGUGUUUACUUUCUAUAUUAUUGUGUGCUGUGAUGUGGAUCUAGAUCAUCAUUAAAUAGGUAUUUAAUAUAAUAAUUGUUUACAAAACUAAGAAGAGAAAAAGACAAAUGGUCUUGUUCUGUUUAGGCAGUUAUAGCUACAGCAAUCAUUAGAGUAGGAGGGUGUUAAAAAUACUUGUGAAUUAUUUGUAUAGUCUGGUGUGAUAACAUUUUAUUCAGAGAUAUGGACAUGUAGAAGAAGAUGAAUUUUCUUCUUCUGAAUUCUAGAAUGUUAAAUUUAGAAGUAGAGGCACUUACUUGAUAAGUGAUUAUAUAUAAGUGAUUUUACUUGCUUAGGUUAGUCACAGUGAUAGAUUUUUUUUGGAAUUUAGAUAUUCUGUGCCAUAGGUGCAGUUGCAAUACCAUGUUUCUCUGUCUCUUGUGUGCUGUGUGUAAUGUAAAUGGUGUAAUGUAAAAUGUACAAUUAAAAUGGCAGGCAUUAAAUCUUUUUUCUACAUUUCUUUGUGAUUGAAAAUAUCUUGUUGCAAUACCUCUUCCAUAAAUUCUAAAAGUGUGUUCCUUGGUAUAUUUCUGAUUUAGUGUGACAUGUUAUACAUGAUUUGGGAGUCAAAUAAUUUUAAGAUACACUUUGGGCUAUUUCAUGUAUGCUCAUGAGUGACUAGGUAUAACCUUGCUUAUGAAUAUUACAAUGUAUUUUUUCUGAAAUUCUUUAUAAAAAGAAAGUAAUUGCAUAGACACUUUAAAGUGAAAAAUGUGUAAUUACUGUUGAAAAAUAUACAUUUGUAGGAAUAAGUCGUAAUAAAAACCUUGUUACUUUUCACUUUUGCAACACUGGGAAUUGUUUAUAUUUAGGUACAUGUAUCUCAUAACAAUUUCCGUGUUAUGCAUUGUGUAACAGUUGUUUCUUGCAUUUACAUGUUUAAACAAUUUAACUAAGAAAAUCAAAUGUUUCUUCACAUGUGAUGACAUACUCAUGAUACUGGUACUGUAGCUCUGUAAGAUCAGUGAAAUGUCAUACAUACACUGUGUCAUAGUGUGUAAUAUAUAGAAUAGAAGUAACUUCAAUGUUACAUUGUGCAGUCAAAACAUCUUUGUAAAUUGAUUAAUGACAUUUCAUAUUUUAGAUCACCAAGUCAUAAUUCUUCAUCCCAACAGCACCUUGUUUUUAAUUUAAAAUCUACAUUGAAGCCUGACCAAUUUGCAUCGUGAUAUUCGUGAUGAAGAAAGCAGGGUAAUUAUCUUUUUGAUGAUCAAAAGAAUUUUUUUAAUUCACAAUUUUGUAUCUUUUAAAUGUUUUUUUUUUGUGUGUCAAUGCCUUUUUGUCAAUGGAUGUAAAUUGAUUAUGUAAGUACUAAGUACUUCUAUUGAAAGUGAAUUGAUUCACUGUUUGUAAUGAUAAUGAACCCUACGCGUGCAAGAGCUCUUUUUUCUAAGUAGAUACAAAAUAAUUUUUGUAAUGCUUUAGGAUUUAGUCAACCCUGACAUCAAGGUAAAAUUAAUAAUGGCAAAAAGUAGAAAAAAACAUAUCAAUUAAAGUUGUUAAAAGAAAUCUGAGACAAAAAAAAGUUCACCCAAAAAUGUAAGUCCAUAAGAUCACUUUACGUUAAAUGAUUUUCUAUUGGAGCAACUUUUGUUUUGUACAGAAAAGUGUAAAGAUGUCCCUCCUUUUGUUAACUGGUGAAAAACUGUUCAUUUUAUAUUGCAGUCACAUAAGAAGAUAAUCCCUGUGGUAAACAUUUUGUUUUCAUGGUUUUAAUAAGUAUUUUUUAAUUUCCUCAGGAGCAUAAAGAAAAUUGUGAUUUUUUACGUGUACUAAAGAGGUAAGGGGUAACUGCAAUGAAAAUCAUGAAGUUGUCACAGUAUUUAAUAGUGAUCUUCACUUCUGCAAAGAUUUGUCACAUUAUUAUCCUUCAUCAAACUUUUGCUAUACAAAAUAAUUAUCAACCCAUUUCACUGAUUUGUCUGUUUUUACUGAUAAUAUUUAUCAACAACUUGCUUUUUGGGAUGUCACUCGAUUAAUGUUCAACGUGUUGUAUCAGUUGGGGGAGGUUUUACAGAGUUUUGUAAAUUUAUUGAGUUGAAUGUAUUCAGAUAAAGAUGUAUGUCAUAAUCCCUUCAGCUUUGGUUUUAACAGCUUGUGUACUGCCCAUUUUUAGAUAAUUUUUUACCGGUAUUCCUUUCAAAAGAACACAUGAAGUUAUUCAUUUGAUUUGUUUUCUUCUAUUUAUAGAUAACUGUAAUGAAAUCUAAAUUGAUGUAACCCCUCAAAAUAAAAAAUACCUGCAUAUAUCAUGUAUGAAAUAUUAUUUUUGUAAACCUAAAUACAAGUAAUUUUGUUCCUACAAAAGAGGCUUAGUUUUUAUCCAAUGAAUUAAAAACCAGAACCUAUUACAUUUUAAAAUAACAUUUCGCUUGAAUGAUAUAUGCUACCGGUAGUUAAAUACUCUUUGAUGGAUAUGUCCAUUUUCUUUAAAAUUUGAUAUUUCACAAGUGUAUGUAAACUUGUUGAAGUAGCAUUCUAUCCUAUUCUUAUAUUCUACUCAGUGGAGAUCAUACAUGUUUCAAUGUUGACUGUGGUUUGGAUAUACUCUUUAUGUGAAUAUGAUAAUGCUAACAUUAUAAUCAAGCCUUCUUCAUGAAUGUAAUUUGACAAAAAACCUCUAAGAAAAAUUAAAGGGGCUGCAUUCUAAGUUGCGACUAGGGUUAUCGUUUGAACAGAAUGGCUGCAGCCAGCAUGAUCGACACUUUGUCUGGAAUUGGCUGAUGCACUCUAGUGAUCAGUAGAAGCAUUCCCAAACAGUCGCAUUCAGGGAAAGUUAUAUCUUGAUGUACUUGUGAUGUCUCAUAUAGAUACAUGCACUGAAUGGAAAUAAUUUUUAAUCAGAAUCAUAUCUCCGUGAAUUAUACAAUGUCUAGCUAUACAUGUACUUCAGUUUCUACUAUCAUGAAGAUUUGAUAUUUAACCAUGAAUUUAAUAAAUGGAGUCAAACGAAA